AUGUUAUCAAGAUUGGCUGGUAAUAGGAUAUCAACCUUAAGACCAGCAACUCCUUUACAUUUAUUAAAAAAACCACAACGUCAAUUAAUUAUUAGUAAAGUUAGAUUCCAAUCUACUGCACCAACUACUACACAUCCAAAACCUUUCAAAUGGAUUAAAAAAUUAUUCUACUAUUCAUUAGGUACAAUUGCGCUCGGUGCUUUAAGUUUUGUUGGUUUUGUUGGUUGGAAAAUUCAUGAAGAAAAUUAUCCAGUUGAUCAACAACCUCAAUCUUCGCAUUUUCCAACUGGUGAACCUAAAAAAACUCUAAUUGUUUUAGGUUCAGGCUGGGGUUCAAUGCCAUUAAUUAAGAAUCUUGAUACUACGUUAUAUAAUGUUAUAUUAAUUUCACCGAGAAAUUAUUUUCUUUUUACUCCGUUGCUACCAAGUGUUCCUACUGGUACUGUUGAUAUGAAAUCUAUAAUGGAACCAGUUAGAUCAAUUACAAGGAGAUGUCCUGGUGUUGUUCAAUAUUAUGAAGCAGAAGCAAUUGAUAUUGAUCCAGCUACAAAUACUUUAAAAAUUCAACAAUCUACUACUGUUCAUUCUGGUCAUUCAAAAGAUAGUUCAAAUUCAACUAGCCCCAAAAUUGCAAAUGAACAUAAUAUGGAUCAUAUAACUGCUGAAUUACAUUAUGAUUAUUUAGUUGUAGGUGUUGGUUCACAACCUUCUACAUUUGGUACUCCUGGAGUUGCAGAAAAUUCAACAUUUGUUAAAGAAGUUAGUGAUUCAAUUCGAAUUAAAAAAAAAUUAAUUGAUUUAAUUGAAGCUGCUAAUUUAUUACCAAAAAAUGAUAUUGAAAGAAAAAGAUUAUUACAUGUUAUAGUUUGUGGUGGUGGACCAACUGGUGUUGAAGCUGCAGGAGAAAUUCAAGAUUAUAUUGAUCAAGAUUUAAAAAAAUGGAUGCCUGAAGUAGCUGAUGAUUUGAAAAUUACCCUUGUUGAAUCACAACCAAAAGUUUUACAUACAUUUAAUCCAAAAUUGGUAGAAUAUACUAAUCAAAUUUUCAAAGAAACAAAUAUCAAUUUAUUAACAAAUUGUAGAAUAACUCAUGUUGAUAAUUCAUAUGUUACUGCUCAUCAUAAAUCAAGUAAUAAAGAUGAAAUAUUACCUUACGGUAUGUUAAUAUGGGCUACUGGUAAUGCAACAAGAGAUUUUACUCAUUUGUUAAUGUCAAAAAUUCCUGAACAACAAAAAGCAAAACGUGGAUUUUUAAUUGAUGAUUAUUUAAAAGUUAAAGGUACUGAUAAUAUUUAUGCAUUGGGAGAUUGUACUUUUACAAAAUAUCCACCAACUGCUCAAGUUGCUUAUCAAGAAGGUGAAUAUUUAGCUAAAUAUUUUGAAUCUUUACAAAAAUUACAUUCAUUACAAUGGAAAAUUAAAAAUGAAAAGGAUAUACCUGAAUUUUUUUUGAAAAGAGAAGCAAGAUAUAAAGAUAAUUUACCUAAAUUUAUUUAUAAUUAUCAAGGUUCUUUAGCUUAUAUUGGUUCAGAAAAGGCUGUUGCUGAUUUAGCUUGGGGUUCUUGGUCUAAUGUCUCAACUGGUGGUAAUUUAACUUUCUUAUUUUGGAGAUCCGCUUAUAUUUAUAUGUGUCUUUCUGUUAAAAAUCAAGUAUUAGUUACUUUAGAUUGGGUUAAAGUUUACCUUUUUGGUAGAGAUUUUUCAAGAGAAUAA